AUGAGCAGCCUCCGUAUUCCCAAAGACCGGCUCACCCUUGAAUUGGUGACCAUGCCCCACGAAUCGUUGGAAAUACUCACCGUCAGACGAUUUCUGUGGCCCCGAGUCAUCUUACAAAGUCACUGGGCCGCUGGGAAAGCGUUAGUUAAGCAGCGGGCCCGUGAGGCGGCAGAAUAUUUUGGCUUCGCUUCCGAGGAACGUGGAAGUUCGCAGAAACCCCCGUUUUCAAAGUCACCGCCGGGGCCGCCGACGCCCCCAUUAGCAACAACUCCCGGGAUGCAGAAACAGCUGCAACAAAUGGGUCGGCCAACGACCCAAAAGCCCGAAGCAGUCAACAACCCCGGUGCCUCCGUAUCUUCACCGGCGGCCGCGCCGGCGGCAGCCUCAGCAGGAAAACCAGCACCUAUCCAAACGGGCCAGGACGCCGAUAACGAGGAAGCGCGGAACGUGCUAAAAGAAUUACCAAUCUAUAUCGCCGCGUCCCAGUCAUGGAAGGACUUGAGGGAAGCGUAUCGAAAACGGCGACCGAGACUAUUACCAAUGCCCGCGCGCGGGUCGAUCCGCGUCACCGGUGUCGUUGAGGCACGGGUGCAGAACCACUUCGCCGUAUUCGAUGUGGAGGCAUUUUACCACCCGAAAACGUUGGUGCGAGAUCCCUACUGCACCCGGAUUUCUCUACGAACAUCUCGACCUAUCGCUUUGUGA